GCGAAAAUAGUAUGGUUUGCGCUGAUGACUAAAUGCGCCUGUGCACACAAGUCGAUGCGUUUCAGCCGGGUUAUCAAAGUACCUGGGUUUACAUAGCUCAAGUUUAACAAAGUACUUUCUUCAUGAACUCCACAGAAAUCUGCAAUGGACUGUACUAUUAAGGAAGCUCUAUCGGUGGUGAGUGAAGACCAGUCCAUAUUCGAGGCGCCCUUCAGUGGUCCCCAGGCCAUGCACAUGAAGGCGGAGAUCGGCUCGCCUGUGGUUUACAGACAGGCUUCAGAAGAGAGCGUUGAACCCACUGAGCCGGACUGGAGCGGAUCGGCAGCACAAAACUCUGCCAAAAGAGCAGAACACAUCAAUGGGACCAGCCGUGAGUCCCCAGUGGACUGUAGUGUGACUAAAAGGACUCGACACAUGAGUAAUAGUGAUGGAGGACAGUUGUCUUACCAGGCCCCUUACCCAGAGCCCCGCGGCAGCCCACAGACAACCACACCACCCAGCAGCACCACAGAGGAGAAGAGGGUCAUCGUACCAGCCGACCCAGAGGUUUGGACGCAAGACCACGUGCGGCAGUGGGUGGACUGGGCCAUAAAGGAAUACAGCCUGUCCGAUGUGGACGUGUCCCUCUUCCAGACCCUAGAUGGAAAAGCGCUCUGCAAAUUGAGCAAAGAGGACAUGCUGCGCAUCACCUCCCCAUACAACACAGACAUCCUGCUCUCCCAUCUCAGCUACCUACGGGAGAGUAGUCCCACUUUCUCCUACUCAACAAAUCCAACUAAUACACAACCACAACCUCGAAUACAGGUGAAAGCCGAAAACAACUUUGAGGAGAUCGGCAGGAGAAACAGUUGGUCUUCAAGUGGAUUGCCAGCUGUCCCUAAAGGUUCUCCAAUUGAACAUCAGCACAAUACCAGAAUUACAGAGCCCUCUUCAAGACUUGCACAAGAUUCCUACCAAACAUUAUGUUCCAUCAGCAGUCGUCUUGCAAACCCAGAAGCGAAACCAAUCCACACCAAGAUCCGAAUGACCAAACAAAAUUCUAACCACCUGCCCGUUUCCAGCACUGACAGGACUGUGGGUUCUGGUCAGAUCCAGCUGUGGCAGUUCUUACUAGAGUUGCUUUCGGACAACAACAACUCGACCAUCAUCACCUGGGAGGGAACUAAUGGAGAAUUCAAGAUGACCGACCCAGACGAAGUGGCCAAACGCUGGGGGGAGCGAAAGAGCAAGCCUAACAUGAACUACGACAAGCUCAGCCGUGCCCUUCGCUACUACUACGACAAAAACAUCAUGACCAAAGUGCAUGGCAAACGCUACGCAUACAAAUUCGACUUCCAGGGCAUCUCCCAAAGCCACCAAAACCACUCCCCAGAGGGAACGGUGUUCAAAUACCAGAGCGAAGGGCCGUACAUGCAGAGCUAUCACAGCCACCAGCCAAAAAUGAACUUCAUGAGCCCCCAUCCCACCCCGAUGUCUGUUACAACUGCUAAUUUCUAUACACCUCAAUCCACUUACUGGAACUCCACAACCAGUGUGGUUUAUCCCAGUUCACCGAUGCCACGACAUCCCAGCACUCACACUCACUUGAACAAUUAUUAUUAAGACAGUCACAUUGUAAAGCCAGCACUGACUUCUUUGUUGACACCUCAUAAAAAGGACAGUUCACUCAAAAAUGUACUCCAUUUCCCCAUUCUUGACUUGUUCCAAACUUUCUUUAGACUAUUAUACACAACAGAUGAUAUUUUUAAUAUAGCAGGAAAAACAAAUACUAUGGAUGUCAGUGGUUUUACAGCUUUCUUUCAUUCAUUUUCAUCCACUUUUCCGGGGCCGAGUCACAGGGGCAGCAGUCUCAGGAGAGAACUUCCCUCUCCCCAGACUUCCUCCAGCUCCUCUGGUGUAUCCCGAGGCGUUCCCAGGUCAGCUGAGAGAAAUAGUCCCUCCAGCGUGUCCUGGGUCUUCCCCUGACGCCUCCUCCCAGUAGGAAAUGCAUGGAACACCUCCCUAGGUAGGCGUCCAGGAGGCAUCUGAAACAGACACCCAUGCCACAUCAGCUGACUUUCCUCGAAGUGGAGAAGCAGCGACUUUACUCCGAGCUCCUCUGAACAGACAGAGAUCCUAUCUAUAAGUGUGUGCCCUGCCACCCUGUGAAGGAAGCUCAUUUCGGCUGCUUGUAUCCAAGAUCUUGUUCUUUUGGUCAUGGCCCAAUGCUCAUGACCAUAGGUAAGAGUAGGACGUAGGAGUAGGAACGUAGAUUGACUGGUAAAUAGAGAGCUUUGCCUUUUGGCUGAGGUCCUUUACCACAAUCAAUGGUACUUACAUAAAAUAUAUUUUUCUGUUUUGAACAGAGUAAAGAAAUUCAAACAGGUUUGGAACAAGUAAAGCAUGAGUAAAUGACAGAAUUUUCACCAUUCCUUUUAGUUUGUGGGAAAUAAACGCAACAUUUCUUGAACUUCACCAAAUGACAAGAAACCACCCCUCUGUAGCAGAUCUAAACACCAUUAUUAUCCAUUACUAUUAUUGUACAGUAUAUAAGCAUGUUAAACACAACUGCACGCCUUCAAGGUUAUAUUGUAAAUAUGCUUUGCAUGUUUUAUAAGAACGCUCGGACAUCACGUGCAUGUAUACUCAACUCUGAUGCUUUAAAUGUAACAUUCCUUUGUAUGCUUGUGUCUUUGUACAGUUUGAUUUUUGAAACAACAUCACUUUUACACUGUAAGCAUAACAUUAUAUCACAAAAUAAAACUUAUAAACGGUUGCAUCAGUGA